UUCGAGGCAUUCCUACCGCACUAUUCGUACUUUUUGCGUUACCUUACUUUUCCUACACCAGGUGGCUAGGCUUGCUCGCCAACACCGACGUCGCUCCUUAAGCCGCCUCUUCAUCUUUCUAUCUUGGUUGACAAAUUCUCCUUUGUUCUUUGACUGCGAUUAUUUGUUUGCCAGCACAGACCCCUCUCAUUUGCCAUCAAUCGAGUCUUGCGCUGCCCCCCGACGAAGCUGACUAGGCCGGCUGGCAGGUCAUGGGCCUUGUGGCGUCGGAGCUCUAUCAAGUGGCCUUCCCUAGGAAAGGUUGGGAGACGGCUGUUACGCUCUCUACCACGUCAUCGUGAUCACCUGGCAAUAUGCCUCCUGCCCCACCCAACGAGCCUCAGUGGCCUCCUCGAUCCCCUCACGAUGUUCUCGCCAGUACACCAGGCGGCCGCGACCGCCUACGACGUCUCGCCAAUCGAACAUCGCCUUCUCCGUCGCCGCUGAGGAGGGGACGUGCAAACUCGACGCUAUCAGCGCGGUCCUUGAACCUACAAGACGAGAUGGACGACCACGAGGACGACGAUGACGACGAGGAAACGCUUCAGUUGAAGUUACAGGAGAUCCAGGCCAGAUUGAGACUGAAAAAGUUGCAGAGCGCAAAGGAGCGAACGGUGGGCGCUGUGUCUCCCCGGCGUAGAUCACCACCACCGCAACAGUCAAGACCGACAUCAACAGGCCUAGUGCUCGGCGCAAGUCGAGCGCCUGCGAGACCCGAAUCGCAAGCUGCGAUCGAAGUGCCCGUGUCUCCCAUACGGAAGAUGCAGCCACCACAGCCACAGGCAUCGCCUAGUCGGGUCUUGCUAGGCAUUGACAAAGGGCUCAAGGGCAAAGAUGUCUCGUUGAAACGAGCACCAAGUGUGUUGCGCAGGAACGCGAACUCCCAAGACGGUCAGCAACAGUUUGGCGGCUACCUCCAAAGGUCAAGGACUCCGGCAUUGCAGACCGCGAACGAAAUACAACGGCCCUUGAGCUUCAACGAGAGGCUAGCCGCAGCGAGGACGCAAGAGGUUGACCGCCAGGACUUGAGAGACAGAGUCCGGCAGGCCAGGUCUGGGGCUUUUGAGAUCGGACAGAAGGAGAUUGACCAGUUCAAAGAGGCGGCAGUCGAUCUUCCGGAGCAGCCUGACCCUACGCCGCAGUUCAGCAGAGACGAUAUCCUGGGUGCUAAAGCCAAACCCGAACACGGACCAAGGAAACUCAACGAUAUACCUCCCCUUCCGGCACCAGCGCCAAAAGACACCAAUGACCCGCAGGGCCUUUAUGAGCCUCCACCUGACUGGAUGAUGGCUGGAAAGAAAUCUAAGGUGGCACCCGCAGAUGUGCCCGAGUCAGAAGCAUCGGCUUUCGAGCCAUACUCCAGCUUCCAUCUCUCGCAGCGCAUUCUUCCGCAUCAGGUCUUGACAAGGACCUUGUCCGGAAAGAAGAUCUUCAAAAUGCCAGAAUUACUGCGCAAGGUCAAGGGUCCCGAAUUUCAGCUUCCAGAUAUCGAACAAGACAUUGUUGUUUUUGCCAUUGUCGCGAAAAAGUCGGAACCCCGCCAACACAAGCCUCGACCGGACCAAAACGGGAAGCAAUCAGAUAGAGGGAAGUACAUGGUCAUCACACUCUGUGAUCUCAAGUGGGAGCUCGAAUUGUUUCUCUUUAAUACGGGGUUCACCCGAUUCUGGAAACUCACCGAAGGCACGGUAUUGGCUAUUUUGAACCCAACAAUCAUGCCACCGCCAGUAGGCCGCGAAGCCACCGGCAAGUUCAGUCUGGUGAUCAAUUCUGAUGCCGACACCAUCAUGGAGAUCGGAAAGGCUCGCGACUUGGGGUUUUGCAAAUCCAUCAAGAGGGAUGGGGGGUUCUGCAACUCGUGGGUCAACAAAAAGAGAACCGAGUUCUGCGAAUUCCAUACCAACGAGGCCGUGACCAAACAACGAGCGACGCGCAUGGAAGUAAACUCGAUGGACUUUGGUGGUAUCGGAAAGAAGCAUCGAUGGAACUCUCACGAUGUUCGGAAACCAGAACCGGAACAAAAGCAGGGCAAAUACGACCGGGAAACACACAGCCAUUGGUUUGCCACGAAAUCGAUGAGCUCUGCGCAACUCAUUGACGGAGCCCAAUCACUUGCUGACCGGAGAGAAAAGGAAGAAGGGCUGAAAAGGCGGAUGCUUGCCCAGGAGCGCGAGAGGGGAAUCAUGCAGCGCCUCAGCAAAAUAGGCGCCGGCGCCGGGAAGGAAUACAUGACGCAGUCGGAACGCACCCGCAACGCCGCGUCUGCGUCUGCCCUCUCUUCAUCUGCUCCGUCAGCCAGCGUGGCCGAGGAGCGACAGCGUGUCGACGCGAGGAAUAUGGGUCUGAUGGCCCCCAGGAGUAAGGAACUGGCGAUUCAUCUGAGCCCGAUCAAACGCAAGAGGCCCCAGAGCGCGCAAUCCAGCUCCUCGGUCGGGGCAUCUUCGUCGGCCGCGACAGGUGCGAAAGGUGGUUUCGGCUGGGGCGGCAACCUCAAGGAUAAGCUGGCCAAGAUGAAGGACGGCGACAAGUUGAGCAAUGACAAGCCGCCGGUGCGAAAGAAGACGAGGUUUGUGACAGAGAAGGGGAUCCGCGAGGCCGGGAGGGAGAGUCUGGGAAUGGACCUGCCGCAGCAGUCGGUUUCUUUUGAAGAUGACGACGAUGACGAUUUGAUUAUUGUGUGAAAGAUCAACAGCAGCAGCAGCAUUUUUAUUUCGGUCUUAGGGUCAUAAUGGACGGGGAAAUUGGUUGGAAAAGCAGCACCGGAUGGGUUGUUUGGGCGGUAGGUGUCUUGGGCUUCUCUUUUUACUUCCUCUUCUUAUCUCAUGUUCAUCUUGCAGAGUAAUGACUCGUGGCAGAGUCCGCUUGAAGCGGUUAUCGUUACUCAUCACGGAUUCCUAAAGACGGGCUAAAGAAAAAAAAAGGUUUAGAGGUGUACCACACGACGCGUGGCCACGCGGUUGGCGAACUUCUUUCUUUGGCAGGAAGAAAGGCCAUUGAUUUGAGACAUCAUGAGGUCGUAUGCUUUGGAGGCUCAACCUAAGGGAUGGGAACGCAAAUGUUUCUCUUCCUUGCCGAGCGUGACUGCUCUCGGGCUAAGUAUCUCGUUGCCUCUAGACGGAUGGCUUGCGUGCAAGUAAUCUCCCUGGCCACAAAUCUCACGAUCACGUCCCAGCCACGUAGCUCGACGGUUUCACAUCACUAUUUCUACCCAGUCAGACUCCUUACCCCUAAACCAACACCAACUCCAACAUCCUGCCCUGCUUGAGGAAGUCGUAGCCGAUCCAGCCCCUGCUGAACGCCUCGCCGUAGAGUCUGGCAGACUGCACGUAGAUGUUCUUGUACGCAGUAUCGAACCCGACACCCCU